CUUUCCUUGUGCAGAAUGCAGCCUCACCUUUCCCAACACGGUUCAGCUAUCUCGACACAUGAUCUCUGGGACGUGUGAGGGACAGCUCAAGGCCAUUGCCGAGGCUCAUGCCAAGCAAGAGCAACCGCUGUACGAGUUUGAUUUUUUCAACGAUGGUCGGCCACGCUCAUCCUUGGACGGCAGUCCUUGGCAAAGCCCUGGCUUUGAAGGCGGUCACCAUUCUGCCGGUGGCCUGGGCAGUCUUGGAGUGCACUUUGUCCGCACCAAGACAGAUGGCGACGUUCUUGUGCUGAAGCAAGGCGAUCGCAGCACAGCCACAGAGUACUUUUGUGCUCGAGUGCUUGAGAAGCUACAGGUGCCCUGCCCUAAGAUGCGCGUCCUCUCGCGCCGUGCUUGGGCAGCCGCCGCCACAGCCGCCAGCCAACCUUUCUCGCCUUCACCACUGCAUAUGAUACCCUAUACGGUGCAAGGUGCUGGCGAGGUCCUCGCUGGUGCUCGCGCCCAGGAGGCGGGAGGCGUGAUGCAAAGCUUUGCAAAGGGCUUUACACUCAAGGACCCACGCGUCAAAGACCUUCUCAGCCAUCCCUCUUCUGCACCGUCCAUUCUUCGUGACCUGGGUGCCAUGGCAGCGGCUGACAUGCUUUUGAACAACUUUGAUCGCACACCCCUGAUCUGGGACCAUGAGGGCAACGCCAACAAUUUCAUGUUCGUUACGGACAAUCACGUCGCUGCAAUCGACAACAGCACGGCAGGCAUCACCAAUGAGGACGGGAUUGAACGAUACCUUGGACGAGUUCAGGCAGCGCUGCAAGAGGCGCUUCAGCACGACGCUCAAGGCAAGCACACGGCCAAAGUUGUGCACUUUAUUGAGAAAUGGACCGGACUCACGCUCGACGCAGACAGUAUCCGCGCAUUCCACGACGGUUUGGUUGACACGGCCCGACGCGCUGCACACGACUUGGAUCUCACCCGUUGUUGGGAGGAGAGUUUUGAUGCCUUCUCCAGUGCUGACUGGGGUGCCUUUGGGGUAGACCUCAUCAAUGUGCCGUUUCUGACCACUGUGCAACAAUCCUUCCAAGCCGCCGUAUGA